AAGCAAUUACUUCAAAAGUAAGAUGUGUAGCACAUACUUUAAACUUGGCUAUUGAAGAGGGACUGAAAAUUCAAAGUAUCCGUGGUGUUUUUGCACGAGCAAGAAUGGUUGUUAAGAAAUUACGAACGCCAAUUUAUGCAGGAUUACUUAAACAAGAAAAUAAAAAACAAGCCAUUCGUGAUGUGGAAACUAGAUGGUCAUCUGUAUAUGACAUGUUAUAUCGACUUCUUGAACUCAAAGAUUUCUGUUUAAAAUUUCAAGAAACCAUGAAUGAUUUAAAACUAUCUUUGCCUGAUUGGGAUAAUAUUGAAAAAAUGCAAAAAUUACAAAAAGUAGAUAGCUUAUUAUCUCGAGCAAUAAUAAUUGCUAUGAACCGUAGAAGUAUAUUAUUGUUUGAAGAACCUAUAUUUUCUUCAGUAAUUUAUUUAGAUCCUCGAUUUCAAAGAAUGCUUACUAUAGAACAAAAGUCGAUUGCUAAAAAUCACUUAAACAAAACAUGGAAUGCAAUGAAAUAUAUUUCUGAAAAAAUUGUCAAUAAUGAUGUUGUUGAGGCAACCAAUGAUGGUACUAACUGUGAAAUAAAUGAACUAGAUGAACUUGAAGUGUUUUUAAGUUCUCAAGGCAGUGCACCGUGCCCCGAGGUUGGAAAUAAUGAUAAUCGUUCAAUUAGAGUUAUCAUUGAAGAAUACGAUAAUGUGUAUUGA